UAUGGGGCUCAACCAGAGACCGCAGCUAGGACGGGGAAUGGGAGCAGAUUGCUGGCUGGAGUCUAAGCGCUUGACAGGGGUAUGUGUGAAUAGGUUAGGGCGCGCUCCCACGGCAGGAGGCGGGGUCAGAGUGCUGGCUGGGAUCUAGGAGCUUGGCCAGGGGUGGGGGGUGAGGCAAGAGGCGGGGUUUGAGUGUGAGCAAGUAGGGGCGCCCAGCCCAGGUUGGGGGUGGUGUCAGAGUACUGGCCUAAGUCUAGGCGUGAGGCUCAUGGAACGUUGGAGGGAAGGGGCGGGGUCUGUGAGUGUGAGCGGGUUGGGGCGGCCAGCCCAGACUAGGGGCGAGAAUGGGGCGGGCCCUGAACAGAGGGCGGGGUCUAGCCACUUGCACUUCCUGGGUCUCCAGUCUAGGCGGCUGGAUGACCUGUCAGCGCUUCCCCUGGGACCACCUGGAUGACAUUGUCUUGUGGUAAGCAGGUCUGUUAGCUGCCGGGCUGUGGGUGAACUGAGCUAAACGAGGUUGAGCUUCGUGUAGGAGCGGGCGAGGGACUAGUUCAACCGUCCUCUGGGGUUCUGAGGAGCCGCAAAAGUAGUGCCCGCGCCGGGAACGGCCUAGCUCCGGGAAACCUCUUCCAGGAAGCCAGCGAGGCCACGGAAAGAAGUUCCCAAACCUCCAAGCUGGCCGUGACUUUGUUUUUCGGGGCUUCCCUGCUGCGUCGAGUGACUGGUCUGGCGGCCUCGCGGGAGUUGUUCCUACGAGCCUAUCUCACCUCAGCUCUAAUUAUGUCACACCCCACGCGUGCUGAAGGGAAUGCACACAGUAAAGCACGAAUGUCACCUUACCCUCGGUCCACGGUUGAGCGAAGUCACGUCCCAGAUGAAAAAGUGUCUUGGCGGGUUGAGUGGCAUGAAUAUAAGCCUGUGGAAUAUACAGCGGCUGCCAUCUUGGCAGGGCCAGCGUGGGCAGAUCCCCAGAUAGGUGAAAGGGAUUUUUCCCCAAAAUUCAAUGAAAAAGAUGGACUUGUUGAUCGCAGGAGCCACAAUGGCAUAUAUGAAAUUGAAAAUGGGCGACCUAGAAAUCCUGCAGGACGCACAGGAUUAGGUGGCCAGGGACUCUUGGGACGUUGGGGCCCAAACCAUGCUGCAGAUCCCAUCAUUACUAGAUGGAAAAGGGACAACCAUGGAAAUAAGGUCUCCCACCCUGUUUCUGGGAAAGACAUCCUACAGUUUGUAGCCAUAAAACGGAAAGACUGUGGAGAAUGGGCGAUCCCAGGAGGCAUGGUGGAUCCAGGAGAGAAAAUCAGUGCUACCUUGAAACGAGAGUUUGGUGAAGAAGCAAUGAAUUCCUUAGUGAAAUCUAAGGCCAAAAAGAAGGAGCUGGAGGAACAACUGAACAAACUUUUCAGCCAGGAGCAUUUAAUGGUUUAUAAGGGAUAUGUGGAUGACCCUCGGAACACUGAUAAUGCAUGGAUGGAGACAGAAGCUGUGAAUUACCAUGAUGAAACGGGUGAGACGAUGGAUAAUCUGACUCUCGAAGCAGGAGAUGAUGCUGGAAAGGUUAAAUGGGUGGAAAUCAGUGAUAAACUCAAGCUCUAUGCCAGUCACUCCCAAUUCAUUGAAAUUGUGGCCAAGAAUCGAGGAGCUCACUGGAGUGAGGAUGGAGACCUGGGCUACCAUGGAUGAUAGCUUAGGAAACAACGGGUAUAACCAGCACUGGGUCCAGGCAAAGAGCUCAUUUAAAAGUGUCACAAGGUUGGUCUCAAAGAAGAAACUCUAUGAGAUAUCUCUCCUGAUUCUUUGCUUAGUUGGGGGACUCAGUAUGAAUAACUGCAUAUAAUAUAAUUUUGUCAUUCUCAUUGGUUUUUCUGUGCUUUCCACCUCUUAAAAAUUCUUUCUUAUUCUCUGUAGGGGAGGGGAAGUGGGUCAUGAAGUACUGCAAAAAUUAAAAAGACAAAUCACAUCCCAAACUGUAACUGCCCUUAAGUCAGGAAUUUGUAUUAAGUAAAUAGAGUGAAAUAGGAAAGAGAAGAGAAGCUUUUUCGUCAUAAAAAGAUAAAUAUAAAUAGCAUUUUGUACAUGUUAUUUUUAUAUUCUUCUUAGCCCAAGUUAAAUAACUGUUGCUCUUUUAAUAUUUGUAGGCCAAAAUAAAUGCCUAGCCAGCAAGUUUCUUUGCUUUUUUUUUUCUUAGCCAAUUCUUUCUAUAAUUUGUUCUGCUUAAUUUUUCUCCACCUGAAUUUUGUAGUACUGCUGCUUUCAUGCCACAGCAUUUGUGCCAGAAGGAGCCAUAAGUAGUCUGAUUUUUGUGUUAACUGUUUCAAAAUGAAUUUUGUGUAGUCAUGUUAAAACUACUUUUAAGUAUGGAAACCGAGUAUUUCUAACUUUUAAGCAAUCAACUAUAUGUAAAAAUCUAGUUAUUGUUUUAUAAAGUGGUAAUAAAAUACUUAAGAACCAGCA